ACCAAAGAUCAAGUGUUUUCCGUUUAUCCCAGAGAAAUAGGCUGAAAGAAUUCACUUCUGAUUAGUAGUCGUUAUUGGAUAUCGGAGAUUUAGCGCGGACAUUUCGUCGUAAACGCUUCUAUUAUUAUCCUACUGGCUAGGCAGACUGCCGUCACGGAACCAGCAAACACUUCUACGCACCAUUUCACGAAUAUAUACAUAAGUCGGACUUAAACGUACUAAUAGCUGGUCGUCACACAUGGCAUUAGACUCUCAAACUACAAAAGAAAUUAAAGAUGAUUGGGGAAAUCGUGAAUGUGUUGAGAUUCUCAGCACAAAUAUGAAAAGUUUAGUAAACUUCCUUAAUCAUUUCGACUCCUCUUGCCGAGUUAAGUUAUCUCAACUGGACAGCAAAGUAACUAAUGCUGAGAAGCAUGUUGACCUACUUGAAGCUCAAGUCCAAAGAAUUCUUCGUCAACAAGCACAUCAGCAUCAAGUUCUGUCAUCGAAUCAACAGUCGUCGGCUGCUAACGAGUAAUAUCACUCAAUUAUAUAUUGAAGUUCUAAUUUUCACAUACAUUAUCAUAGCUAAUCACAUUUUAUAACUAUUGCAAUCGACAAUGUCUGAACACAGUGUACUAUAUAAAGCUGAUCAUAUAUAUCUAUCUACCAGUGAAGUAAUUUUCAUCUUAAGAUAUUCCUCAUGUGCUCUUCUGAACUUUGCUAUUGUGUAAUUCAUGGUUGCACCUGUUGGAAGUGUGAUUAUAAGUCUACUAUGGGCGUACAAGAAUAGUCUGGAGGUAAAAGGUCAACAGAAAGCACUAGAGAAUAUGCGAACGUUCUCAUCACAUGUAUACUCAAAAUUGAUUGGAUCUCAUACGAUCAAAGUAUGCUAAUUUACUUCUUGAGAAUAGUUUUGUACUUAUUUAUUCUUAGAAAGAUUGUAUCUUUGUGGUAUGAGUAACUUCAUAGAACCUUAUUGUUUGUUUGUUUUUUUUACAAGAAUCUAAUAUUUUUUCCAUUAUUUUAAAUUUGAAGUGAACUUUUCCUUCAUUUCUGAAAUACAAUUCCACCUGCGGAUCUCUGAAAUUUUGUAUUUAACUUCACUAAUGUUUGGCCGUCGCAUAUAAUUUAGUUGGUGAGCAUUUUUAAAAUGUGUAGUAGAAGAUAUGUGGCAGUUGAGAAAGUAAUCUAAGGUGAAUUAUGUAUACCUCGAACUGUAUGAUUUAUAACCUGUGGGAUCAUAAUUGCAGUG